AUGAAGCUCGUCGCGGCCGCCUCAGUCGUCCUCAGCGUCGUCGUUGCCGUUGUGAACGGCCAGACGCUGAUUCCCCCGCCGCUCUCCGCCAGUGGGAGUGGCAGCAUUUCAGUUCGGCCUAGCGGUGUCCCAGGCUCGGGCUCCCUGUCGAUGCCAUUGAGCACCAUCUCCACGGAGUCCGCCAGUAGCUCCGGCAGUGUCACCACCACGAGCGUCACAGUACCCAGCGGCACAUCCACAGUCUCGGUGACGCCGUCCACCAGCGGCACCAUCUCCUUGCCGGGAAGCAUCCUUUCCACAGUCCCGCCACCAUCUAGCACGGGUAGCGGCAGCGGUAGUGGCAGCGCGAGUUCCACCCGUACCAGUAGUGCGCCCUCUACCACCACCAGCAAUGCAGCAGCAUUGGGCGGAGUGCAGAUCGAUCCGGCGGUGUUGGUAGGAGCAGGCGCGGGGCUCCUCGCAGCAUUGUUCUGA